AUGCUUCGCCAGCUCGUCGUGCUCGUCGCCGCCCUCGUCGCGUCGGCGCAUGGCUCCCGCUUCUUCGUGACGCCCGAGGAACACCGGUGCUUCUUCCUCGACAUCCCGGACGCGACGACGUUCCGCGCCGAGUACGAGUCGCCCGACUCGACCGACCAGCUCAAAACCGAGAUCAAGAUCUAUGGGCCAUCGCCGACCGGCGACGACGAGCCCAACCAAGUGCCCUCCGUGACACACACGCUCGGCUCAAAGGGCUCGAUCGCGUUCACAUCGACGCUGCCUGGUGGCCACUGGACGUGCGUGAGCAUCGACACCAACAAGUACGUCGUGCCGGCCACGACCAAGAUGCGCUUCUCGCUCAAGCUCAAGUUUGGCACGAGCAACGAAGAGUACGCCAACUUGGCCAAGCGCGAGCAAAUGAACGAGCUCGAGCUCGAGGUCAUGAAGCUUCGCGACCGCGUCCGUGCGAUUCAAAAGCAGCAAGACUACGCGCAGGAGAAGGACGAGAAGUUUCGCUCGACGAGCGAGAGCAACAAUGCGCGGGCCAUGUGGGUCUCGGUCAUCCAGAUUGUCAUUUUGGUCAUUACCGGCGUGUGGCAGGUGCACCACUUGCAAACGUACUUUCACAAGAAGAAGCUCGUUUAA